GCACAGCGCAGCGCAAGCUCGAUCACCACACCAACCAGACUCAGAACAUCCAGAACUCAGAGCUUCUACUUCUAGAACAGAAGAACAUCGAGAUCAGUCCUCCCCUGCAUCCUCCACCGGCCUCACCUAGAUGAGCACCUCGUACACCGAGGCGCAGUUCGGCUCCUUGUUAGACCUGCCCGCCGGAGACGACCUCACGUCCUGGUUCACACACCUGUGCGGCGAGGAGCAGGCGGCGGCGCUGCCGGCGUUCCAGGCGCCGGUGGCGAUGGCGGACCCCAGGAAGAGGAGCGCCGAGUACCAGCUCCUGGAAGGGGAGGCGUCCGGGGUCAAGAGGCAGCGCUCCCCGACCAGCAGCUCCCGGGAGAACAGCGCCGGCAGCAAUGACGGCGACUACGAGCACACGUCCGCAGCCGCAGCCGCAGCCGCAGCCGGCGGCGGUGGCGGAGGCAGGGGCGGCGGCCGCCGCCUCUGGGUCAAGGAGCGCGACCACGAGUGGUGGGACCGGAUGAGCAGCCCCGCGUGCCCCGACGACGAGUUCCGCCGCGCCUUCCGCAUGUCCCGGGCCACCUUCGAGGCCGUGUGCGAGGAGCUGGGCGCCGCCGUCGCCAAGGAGGACACCAUGCUGCGCGCCGCCAUCCCCGUCCGCCAGCGCGUGGCCGUCUGCAUCUGGCGCCUCGCCACCGGGGAGCCGCUCCGCCUCGUGUCCAAGCGCUUCGGCCUCGGCAUCUCCACCUGCCACAAGCUCGUCCUCGAGGUCUGCGCCGCCAUCAAGGCCGUGCUCAUGCCCAAGGCCGUGCAGUGGCCCGAGGCGCCCGACGCCGCCGCGGCCGAGUCCGCCAGGUUCGAGGCCGCGUCGGGGAUCCCGGGCGUCGUGGGCGCCAUGUACACCACGCACAUCCCCAUCAUCGCGCCCAAGGCCAACGUCGCCGCCUACUACAACCGCCGCCACACGGAGCGCAACCAGAAGACGUCCUACUCCAUCACGGUGCAGGGCGUCGUGGACGCGGGCGGUGCCUUCACGGACGUCUGCAUCGGCUGGCCGGGCUCCAUGUCCGACGCCGACGUGCUCGACCGCUCCGCGCUCUACCUGCAGCGAGGCGCCGCGGGCCUGCUGCAGGGGCAGCGCCUGGUGGGCGGCGCCGGGUACCCGCUCAUGGACUGGCUGCUGGUGCCCUACACGCACCACAACAUGACGUGGGCGCAGCACGUGUUCAACGAGCGGGUGGACGGCGUGCGCGCCGUGGCCAGGGACGCCUUCCAGCGCCUCAAGUCCCGCUGGGGCUGCCUCCAGAAGCGCACCGAGGUGAAGCUGCAGGACCUCCCCGUCGUGCUCGGCGCCUGCUGCGUCCUCCACAACAUCUGCGAGCGCGCCGGAGACGCCGUCGACCCCGACAUCGCGUUCCAGCUCUUCGACGACGACAUGGUGGCCGAGAACCCCGUGCGCUCCACGGCGGCCGUCGCCGCGCGCGACAACAUCGCCCACAACCUCCUCCACCGCAGCAGCAGUAGCAGCGCCGCCGCCGGCCCCAGGUUCGCCUUCAAUUGAACUCUGACGGCGGGAGCAAGGAAAAGCAGCUCGCUUUCUCGGCGGAAUCAGAGAAGACGACGCCACGAGGCUCAGCAAUCUUUCACCGUUUUUUUCGCUUGAAUGAAAUUGUAAUAAGUUGGGAACAUAGCAACGGGGGUUGAUAGCGAAACAUACAUAGGGUUCAAAGAUACAGUAGGUGAUUGGUUGAUAGGAUUUGAGAUUGUUCUGCAUUUUUUUUUGUAGAGUCAAAGGUUCAAUCAUCAUUUUUCAGAUUUGGUGAGACCGCGUAGCCUGUGUAGUCAAUACUGUGCAGGCUAUUUUGCCACCAGACUUUGCAAUCAAUCGGUUUUUAGCUAAAA